AUGUCAACAUUCAGGACGAAAAAUGAGGGAGGUCAAUGGAGAAUGUGGCCAAAUAAUCAGGAUCGCAACGAUGUCAGGUCCAGUACAGUUCAAUCUGGUGAAAACAGAGUCUAUCUUGCGGCAAGAGCAUUAGGGGAUAUCCGCAAGACAAAAAAGAACGAUCGUUCUACUCAUUUCAUGCUGACUAGAUCAAAAGCGAAACUCAGCUCUUCGCUCACUAUUGUAACUAUCAUCUUCACGGCACUCCUAUCUCCAUGUAGCGCGUCAGAUGUCGUAACAAGCACCAGGUGUCCCAGAACAGUAUCAGUAGCCACGAGAAUCAUCUAUGGCGAAUCAUCUAUGGCGUGGAAAAAGGUGUCGCAGUUGCAGCCAUAUGGAGAACGUCAACAAUCAACAACGCUUGUGUUGUAUCCAUUAGGACACAUUCAUAUACCAAUUCCCUUGCCUCCAAACUCCGGAUAUUGCGAAAACAAAUGUUUUUGCCCAAAAUGGGCAAGAACUUGCUCAUCCUACAGUGGACAACAUAAGGAAGCAUCACAAGCCAACAAAGUUCCUUCAUCGAUCUUCUACAAACCGCCACAUGUAUGUUCGUUUUACAAAUCAUCAAUGCGCUCGAGUUCUAAAAAAGUGGAAAUUUUUUAUCACGUUGAACUCUAUGAUGGCACUAUAACAAUUGUACCGGAAAUAGGUAUCAUGGCAAGGCAAUUUUUCAAUAAGGAGGAUUACUACUGCUUCUGCUACGAUGAAAAAUUGGUACCUAAUCUAAUUUCGGUCAAAACAUCGAAAUCCGGCUCGCCUGCAUUCUGUAGAUAUCACACAUGCUUAAAACCAACAACAACAGCUGGAUCAGUCUUCUGCACCUACUACACACCCAUAACAGCGCUUGACAACAUGAACUCAUCGAUCGGGCUCGGGGAACAGCACCGGAAAAAUAUUUCCCUCAUAAGAAAGAUACUGAAAGUUCGAGAGGCAGUACUCGAUCCCAAGGUGUCAUCGAGCAGGAUUAAUGCUGAGACGACCAACACUUGGGAUGUACUGGAAAGCUGUAGCGCAUCAACAUGUAUUUUUGUAGACAGCUAUCAUCCAACACGCCGAUAUUGA